AUGAUAGCUGCACAGCCGCCACCAGCAACACCACCACCACCACCACCACCACCACCACCACCGAUGGCAGCGAUACGAAAACCACCUCCACUGCCAACUAUCAAACGGCUGACAAAUCGUUGCUGCGUCGAUCAUUUAGUCAACAACAGAGAUCAAACCGAUUCAAGAUUCGGAAUCGACCGAAGAAGAAAAGUUCAGGCGGCGGCGGCGGUGGCGGAUUGCUGUUCCGACAACGAAGACGAGAGUGAGGGGCAGCGGCUAGAGUUAAUGCCCAGUAACAGCAGUAAUAUGGAAUCUCAAGAUAAAGACAACCAGAUGGCCAAUGAAGAGGGCGGUGAGUGUGGCGUGGUGGCAAUGGCUGGUGGUAGCAGCAGCAACGGCAACGGCAGCGGCAGCGGUAAAGUCAGCAAAGGAAGUCGAUUUAAGAGAAACAUCAAGAAUACCAGAAGUCUAAUUGUGCGCAAAUUCACAUCCACCACCAACUCCAGCUCGAACUCCAACUCCAACUCCAACUCAGCAGAGAAAAAACCAAGCGAGACUAACAACAAAACCAGCACAUCAAAGCACUCAAGUGAGAUGGCAGAGCAGCAUGCAAAUGCAAAUGUUAUGGAUAACGAUAAGCCAAACACCAAACAGAAAAAAGUAGCUAUGUUACGCACCACAACUCUCUAA